UGAUAACACGAUAAGGGUCGACAGAAUGUCAGUAGACUUCAUGAUAGGGGAAACGACGCUGCUCUCUCUGGGCCUGGAGGAGAAAGUGAAGGACAGGGGCGAGCGUGGGAAUGGGCCAGACGCUUUGGCAGUAAACCCCUCCCUGUGCACUCUCUCUCUUUCAAUCUCUAUCUAUCUAUCUCUCUCUCUCUCUCUCUCUCCAUUUUAGUCCAGUAGAGGUGAAGAAGUAUUUUCCCAUGGGCUUUCCGAAGUUGUUUUCACAGACAUUGCUGAGAUAUUUUGUUCGUAAAGAAAAUAUAUGGAAAUCUUUUCCCCUAAUGUGUUUGGUGACUGGACCUAGUGUGACUGGACAUUUUCUACUUACUCAAGUAGUCAGGAACUGAGCACAACAUUAGGCUUAAAUCAACUUUAUUGUACACAUUGUGAAAACAGACAACGGCAACAAAUUCUGUUACGAUAUAAAACAAAUGCAGAAGUGUUUACUGUUGAAAAUGUCACACACUUUGCAAUAAAACGAUUACCUUCAUCCUCCAGCGACAGAGUUGACUCAACAAGGAGAACAUCUUCGUGUGAUGGCCAACAUAAGUUCUGCAUGUCAUUGCAAGGGAAGCUGGCUAGCCAAAGUCAGGCUCCUACUGUAUAGGAAGAUUUAUUAUCUUGAAUAUGGGAUAAGAUCUCUCCCUAUUUUCUCUCUCUCUCUGAUGGGAGGAGAGGCCGUACCUAAGUGGUCUAUAAGGAAUGAGGAUAUUGCAUUGGGGCCUUCGUUGGUGCAUCAGUCUGGAGUCAAGAGCGCCAAGCCUUUGCCUGACAAGAAUGCUAACUAAGCUGUUAAGAGUUGGUUGGACAGUCAUAAAGCAUCGUCAACCCUGAGAUACUGUCAUACUAACUCCACUGUGCCACUAAGGUCUGGCUGUUGUCUCAGUUUCCCAUGAGAUUUAGUCUGUUUCUGGGACAAUACUAUUCUCCAGAGGUUGAGUCGGUCCUUGCUACUUUAUUAUAAUUUUUUUUACAAACUGCACUUGGGGAUAUAGCCAGUCAUCUAUGUGCAAAUGUUAAGCAUGAAGAGCAAUAUAGACUGUUAGACUAGAGCUUCUAGUCUGAUGGAAUUGUAAAUGUGUAUCAAAUUGUAGAGAGGUGCAGACCUUCAGCGUACACACUCUCGCCCUGGCACUCAAACGUACGUACACUCCCAUGCGCUGUAAGUGAGAGGGAGAGAAAGAGAGCGUGGCUGUUUCACAAUGUGCAUACGGCUGUGUUCCGAAUAUGCAAAUUGGAGCGCGGAACAGUCGGGAGUAGGAGCACAGAGGGCGGUUCUCAGACGCGUACUUUGUUCGUACACGUUUCGAAGCAGGCGUCAAUGCAAGCUUCAACGGAAAUAUUCCCAGGAUUGUUGAUGUAAGAUGACGAGAGAGAGGUGUGUCACCGUCCCUCCAGGUUUAGUUUGGGCGUGAGCAGAGUCUUGUGUUCAAUUAUAACAACAUUCCUCAGUCAGUUUACCCAGCAGGAGAGCCUGCUGUUCGCAAGCUGUAAAGUCUCCCAUAAAAGCACUCUGCUUAACAUGUUAACUGCACAUGCUUCAAUAACACGCGGUACGCACUGCCAAACGACCAUAUGAUGUUAGCGUAGCCGAUGCCUGACACUGAUGUUGAAGAUCACACAGAGGCAGACCGAAUGGAGCUCUUCUCACAAACAAAACAGAGGCGGGGAAGAGAAGAAGUUGGUUCAGACCUUUAGGGGAGAGGCUUUCCCAAUGUUUCAUGAAUGAUUCAUGAAAUAUAAGAUUCAUCUGAAUAGAAUGGACUGGUACCUUUUUUUUAAAGCACAUCUGUGGGCUGGAGACUUUCCUGUCAGACUGUCAAACUGCAGGGCAUUGAGAUCAGUGAUCUGGCCUUUGUAAAGUACAGGCAAAACACACACACACACACACACUAUACACACUACGGCCCUUCACACACUACAGCUCCCGACCACUUCAACCCUCCACUGGGCCGAGCCUGGACUGAGGCAGGCGUGGGCCAGCAGCCAUGUUACGGUCGGGGUCCUCUCCUCUCAUCGCUGGCCAAGCCACAUCUCCAGACACUGUUUUCAUCAGGCGGCUGUCAAAAGUGAAACCUCAGCAGCAGUGGCCUGCGCUCAGUAGAGUAAAGCGGAACAGGGAUGGCCUUCCAGGGUAGUAAUGAGGAUGAGGAGGAGGCUGCAAGGGAGCGUAGACGCAGGGCACGUCAGGAGAGGAUGAGAGGGAUGGGAGGCGAGGAGCCCAGUGACAGCGUGGGGAUGACCAACAGCCACAGUGUGACCGAGACUGUGUCGGUGUCCUCCUCCUCUGUGACCUCCUCGGGUGGAGGAGACGAUGAUGAGCAGGCCCUGCUGGAGCGCAUGGCCAAACGAGAGGAGCGCAGGCAGAAAAGAAUGAUGGAAGCUCUGGAGCGAGAGAAGGAUCAGAAUGCCGGUAACCACGGCAGCGGGGAGAAUAGUGUGGAGGAGAGGUCCGUCGGCCGCAGUGGCCGUUACCAAGACAACGAAGAAGAGGUGGAAGAGCGGAACUGCCGAAAGAAUGAGAAGAAGGAGGAGGAGGGGGAGGCUGCUCCAGAGGAGGAAGAGGCUGAGCAGGGAGAGGAAGAAGAGGAGGAAGAGGUGGUGGAGGAGAAACCGAGACGAUCCUAUAUGAGAGAACAGGAAUCCAUUGACGAAAAAGCUAGAAACGAGGAAGAUGCAGGAGAACAAGCGGUGGUUUUAAAUGAGGUUAAGGAAUCAGUCAACUCAGAGGCAGAGGUUGAAGAAGAUGCUGAAUUAAGUGAUAAGGUAGAGGAACCAGAUCAGUUAGAGGUAGAGGGAACGACAGUGACACUGAACAAUGAGACUGAGGAAGACUGUGGGAUGUCAACCAUCCAGAACGGCUUGGAUGUGGUGGAUGAAAAGCAGAAUGGAGGUCUGCACGAGGAGGCUCCUCCAAAACACAAAAAAACAGAGAGGACCCUGAGCCGCGGCAGCGGGCACUCCCCGGCGGCGGGGGCGGAGGAGCAGGACGACGCGGCGCGCCUGGAGGCGGAGCGUAAGCUGGAGGAGCUGAAGCGCCGCCGUGACGACGCGGAGAGCGAGGAGUUUGAGAGGAUGAGACAGAAGCAGCAGGGGGCUGAGCAGGAGCUGGAGGAGCUGAAGAAGAAGAGGGAGGAGAGGAGGAAGAUCAUAGAAGAGGAGGAGAGACAGAAGAAACAGGAGGAGGCCGAGAAGAAGGACAGAGAGGAGGAGGAGAAGAGGAGGAUGAAGGAGGAGAUAGAGAGGAGGAGGGCGGAGGCGGCCGAGAAGAGACAGCAGAUGGGGGCGGAGACCGUCGACGGAGAGGCCAAACCCUUCAAAUGCUUCAGCCCCAGAGGAUCCUCCCUCAAGAUUGGUGAAAGGGCAGAGUUUCUGAACAAGUCGGCACAGAAAAGCGCGGUGAAGACGUCUCACUCUCCGGUCGUCUCUAAGAUUGACAACAGACUGGAGCAGUACACCUCUGUGGCGCAGAACAAGGAUAUGCGGUCCCCACGCUCCGGUGCCGUGGACCUGCCAAUGGUGACAGAUGGGAUACGUAACAUUAAGACCAUGUGGGAGAAAGGCAACGUGUUCAACUCACCCGGGGGUGGCGGGGGCACGUACAAGGAAGCAGCUGGGAUGAAGAUAGGUGUGGCGGGCCGCAUCAACGACUGGCUGAAUAAAACCCCCGAGAGCAAAACGCCGGGGGGAAGGCCCGCGAAGCUUCUUCCAUUCUUCAAUCUGACUGUUUCUCAUUUCCUCUCCAAGCUCAGCACCUCUCUGCCUGGUAGUCCUUCUCUCCGACUUCCUUUCUUCUUCCUGCUGGACUUCUCUUUCUGCCUCCUCUCAUCCCUUUUCUCAGCACCUCAGGAUCUGAAGCCAGGAGAUGUGACUAACAAGAGAAGUCUGUGGGAAAACAAGGGAUCCUCCCCAGCCAAGGUGACUGGUAGAGGGGAGAAUAAAUCUGUUGCCAAUGCAGGUAUGGGACACGAAUGAUACGAAGAGCUUCUUCUGAAGGCUGGUGGGGACCAAGACAAUCCAAGACUCUUCCUUUUCUAUGUGUAUUAUACCAAAAGAAUAUGACCACCACCCUGCGGGACCCCAAGGAAUGGAGAGAAACAGGAGAUUCUAUUUAAUAAGCACUGUACUUAAACGAAUAGACACCAUCUCGUACCAUGACAGUGUAGUGCCUUUGCACAACGAUUUACUAUGACUUACUUUCGCAACAAACAAAAGAAUAUGCUGUGAAAUUUGGAGGUUUUAUGAUAUGGUGAUUUGUUUUAUAUGUUAUAAGCAAAAACUUGCGGGAGAAAAAAAUAAAUAAUUGAGAUUAGAUUGUAUUUCCCCAUGCGCUCUUCAGUACAUGUGUACUUUUGAUAUAGUAGAGAAAUGUUUUUAUAUGAGGUUUCCAGUUCCACAAUCAUAUCCGUGUUCCAAAGAGAGACAUCUACCACCAAUGCUCUGUCCAUGUCGUCCAUCUCACUUCUUUCGUAUUUAUAUUUAAAGCAAAGCUUCACAUAUAGCUCUUUUAUUCAUGUUCACCAGUUCAGGAGAGAGAUUAUAAGCACUCCGUAGAUUUGGCUUAUUUCACUUUUUUUGACUUACCAAUAGUGCAACAAUGGUCUGAGUUAAUAUGUUAGCACAGAAGUACAUGUCGUUAUGAAUAUUAUACUGUAUCUUCCAUUACAGCUUUAUACUCAAGAUUUGUUUGGCUUUUGUACUCUAAAAUUACGUGACUACCAACUGACAAGAGGCAAUGAAAGGCAGUGCAAAGCAACUAAAGGAAAGUUGUAUAUUAAGACGGCUAUUAUAACGUUUAUUAUCCUUGUUUCAAUUUAUUUAUGUUUUUUUUUUACGUGUUUUGUCAUUGGCUGUUUUUUGUGGCUUUUGUACCUGCUGUUUGAAUCUCUAAUUCACUUUGUUAAACUUUCAAACAACCCAUAAUGCAGCAGGUGUACUUAAGAGUUACAUCCUCAUCCUAGAGACUCUCUGACCCGCAACAUUCCACGCCACUAAGCACGCCGCCGGGGCUUAUUCACGUACGUGCUCCAAUGGCUUCUAUUUAGGAGGUUAAGGACCUCAGCUUUGUCAGUGAGGUUGUCUGAAUAUCGCAGGCCAGAUACACAUUUAUACACUGUGUCUGUACCCUGAGACGGCAUCGGUUUUAAGCCGUAUGCCGCCUUGCCAUUUAAGCCCAAAUCUCACGUACUAACUAUAGGACUCUGAAAGAAGGGAAAGUGCACAUUUUAGAUGUUGACAAUGAUAGAGGAUUGAGUCGGUCAACUAGAAGACGGAUUUUGACUCCGGACAACAAUUGCGCUUGACGCUUGUUUUGAGUUUUCUUAAAGUUGCAUUGUGGUAUGUAAGAUCGUGUUUCCAGCACAAAUCCUUUACAUCCAAUGGUCUCAAGGCCUUGUUAAUGCAGGCACCGAAUAAACUGUACCUUACACUUUGCCAACUCAUUAUGACUUCAGCUGUUUCUUUUUUCUUUUUUUUUUACUGUUUCAUUAUUGAGGUUAUAUGUUUCACAUUUCAUUAAUUCAUUUUGCAUGACAUUUGUUAAUAUGGGUAUUAAAUAAAGGUUAGCAGGGGCAUUGAAAGAUUGUUCUGUGUAAACCUUGACAAUCACAUUCCAUGACUCCUUAGAACUACAAGCAAUGGAGUCUGACCAAAAUAUAUAACAUUAUUUUACAUUGCCGUUAUUUCAUAUUUUUGGUAAUUUUUGCUUUUAUUUCAAACACCCUCAUUUAUUGUGUAGAGUUAACUAUGCAAUGCACACUAUCUACAGUUUCAGAUCAAACCUUGUGAUGGUAGUGGGUAGUUUCUUACAGAAUAAAUGUUCUGAAAUAUUUGUACCGCUGACUCGACAACCGCAAUAAAGAGAUAUAAAUUGUU